AUGGCGCCAAUCGACACUCCACGACCACGCGUGAGAAGUACACGACCACACCGGCGAUACAUAUCCGACUCGGCUCCUGUUAACAAGCGGCGCAAGUACAUACCAGGUGGCAGAGGGGGCGGUGGACAGUACGUCGACUUUGAAGGGCCGGAAACGCCUGGGUAUAGCUACACGGGUGCCCGCAGUCGCGCAGGGAGACAGGACCUUUCCAUACCAGCGCCAUCACCUUCAUACUCUCGACCCCGACGCGAACGGCCGUCAGCUGGACCUCGCUCCAGUUCGGCUGCUGCAGUCGCCGCCGCCGUGGCUCAGAACGAUGGAUUCAAGCCGCGCGAAGAGAGAUCUUGGGAUGAAUUUCACCCGGAUCUCGACAUAGAUGCCGAAUUCCCCGUCUAUAGCGCAGACCAAAUUGAUGGCAUCAGUCCCGCAGAGAGUGCCUCUGGUACUCCACAGGACAUCUCGUCCAGUGGCCAAUAUGCGAUUGAUACGGGUCUUUCCACCGUCCUCGAUGGCAUGCGGGCACAGCAGGUGGAGACUGCCGAGCAAGAGGACGCGAGUGCAUUUGUGACGCCAAAGCGACGCCCCGGACGACCCCCGCGCGACAGACACUCUAUGCUCGCGGGAUUGGGCUCCCCUCCUCGACCGCGCAUCAAUCCGCUUCCGACGAUGAACCCCCGCGAGAAACUGAAUUUGCCCAAGCCGUCAGUGCGCCAAGUAGACCCUUUCAAAGAGCACGAGGAAAGCGAAGGUGUCAAAGUCAACUAUGUGGACAAGACCAUGGCAAACAUUGGCUACCAGGAGAGCGAGGUCUUUGCAAGAAGUUCGGAGAAUAGCCUAAUCAGACUCCCCGAAGGCUCAAUCGAAGAAGAUCUCGAUCUCACAUUGCAGACAGAGGCCGAGGGAACUACAGGCGCAGUUGCUAUAGGCCGCGUAGAGUACGACAUGGACGAACAGGAUGAACGAUGGCUGGAAGCGCUCAAUGUGCAGAGAAAAGAAGAAGGCGUCGAAGGGAUUAAACCGGCAAUCUUCGAGGUCACCAUUACUCAGAUUGAGAAGGAAUGGCAUGCGUUGGAGAAGCGCAUACCUAAACCAAACCCUAAGCCGCCACAGACACAUCGCCCACGAUCUAGCAGUGCGGCCGCUGUCAACGGAGAGCCUGCUGGACAAGGCGAAGAGCAGGACACAAAAUGUGCCAUUUGCGAUGAUGGCGAUUGCGAGAACACCAAUGCUAUAGUAUUCUGCGAUGGCUGCGAUCUGGCUGUGCAUCAAGAAUGUUACGGCGUGCCUUUUAUUCCAGAAGGCCAGUGGCUAUGCAGACGGUGCCAGCUAGUAGGGCGCGGUACGCCUGCUAGUGAGCUUCCGGGUUGCAUUUUCUGUCCAAAUGUAGACGGCGCAUUCAAACAAACCACGACCAUGAAGUGGGCACAUCUGUUGUGCGCCAUGUGGAUUCCAGAGGUAUCACUUGGUAAUGCAACUUUCCAAGAACCAGUACAGGAUGUUGAAAAGGUGCCCAAAACACGCUGGAAGCUGUCAUGCUACAUCUGCAAACAGAAGAUGGGCGCUUGUAUCCAGUGCGGACACAAAUCAUGUUUUGAGGCUUUCCACGUGACAUGUGCGCGCAGAGCCAGACUGUGUCUACGCAUGAAGGCAUCGCAAUCGGCAAAUUCACAGGAUGCGACUGUGCUCAAAGCCUAUUGUGACCGUCACACUCCGUCUGACUGGAAGCGGGAAUAUGAUGUUGAGAGUGCGAUUGCAGAUGCAAAGGCCUUUUACCGCCAUACAAUGCGUCAUGUCCGAUGGCCAGACAGUCAAGCCUACGCCCUUUCUAUCGGCUCAUCGCAUGCAAUGCCUUCCAUUGAGGGACCAGAUGACGAUGGUACAGGCUCCAACAAGCGCAAACGUGCAUCAGGCACAAAGUCCUGGAGACUUCCCUCUGGAGCCCCUGUUGUUCCGCAAGCCGUAUACCACAACGUCGAAAAUACGCUAAUAAGAUUCAACGUUCGUAAGCGAAAGGAGUUUGUGCAGGAUGCUUGCAAAUACUGGACAUUGAAGAGGGAGGCACGACGUGGUGCUGCUCUUCUGAAGCGCCUUCAGCUUCAAAUGGAAGCCUUCUCAUCCAUGGAAAUUACCCGGCGUAACUUUGCAGGCAUGGGCGCAGCCGGCAGACCUCGACUUCAACGACGCAUUGAAUUUGCAGAGCGCCUUGAAGAUGACAUGGAACAGAUUCGUGUGCUUUGCGAAAUGGUCAAACAGCGAGAGGCUGAAAAACUCAAGGAUGUCCUCAUCUUGCAGCAGAUUGUGGACUGCAUUUACUUUCCCAUCCCGACACUACUGCAGCCCAUUUUGGCUCGAGCACAAGCACUCGAUAGUCGAGGCUACUUUAGCGACGGAUUCAAUCAUCUUCAAACCAAACUUGACGAAAAGUUCUACACAUCCGUCCAGGUGUUCAACGACGAUAUGGCAGCGGUCUUGAGCGCUGAACUUGGGUUUGCUGCUGUUACCAACAUCAAUGAUGCUGAACAACAACUAAACCAGGUUUCUCACAACAGUCUGACAUCUGAGCAGAAAGAGAUGAAGAAAAUUGUUAAGCGAAUCACCAAGGUCUUACAACCUAGCUUUGAAGAUGCGAUGCGGAAGGAAUCCGAGUUGGCAGGCAGGCCGUAUGAAAAACUACCCGACCUCGAGACGCUCCUCAACCAAAAGCUCCAACGCAGACCCAGUAUUCUCUCACACGACGAAAACAUUCGACAAACCACUGAGAUGGAUCAGCCAAGCAUUGCACAGGCUCAAGAAGAUGCUAUCGACGGAGAAGAGGCUGCUGCAAUGGCGCAGAAGCCCGAGGAGAUGCAAAUGGCGCCUACACCUGACGAGAACGCUGCUGAUGCAGAUCGGAUACAUGACGAAGCGGCUGACGAGGCAGCAAUUGCUCUACAGCUCGGCCAAGAUGCACUACACGUGUCAAGGAACCAGUCUCAAAGCGAUGCUCUCGCAGAAAACCACGCUCAUGUAAAUGGCCGCCCAGAGCUUUUGACUCCUCCGAGAUCUGAGAAGAACCUUCUCAAUCCAUUGGGUAAUGGUGGCGUACCGUGGUACUUUGAGAAUUUCGACGUGCACGGCACCACCGUGUAUGAGGAAAGAUACAAGGGCCGUGAGGUGCUUCGAGACAUGAGCGAGGAAUUGAGCGAGCUCGACGACGACGAAUUGGAUGGCCUUGCUGACUCAGAUCCUGUUAGGCCUGUAGACACGUCUGAUGCAAACGUAGCGGCGAUCAAGAAAGCAGUGGCCCGCAAACGGCAGAAGCGACCGAGGGGUUGGUAG